AUGGGUAGAGUCGGGAGUUUGUCACUUGUAAGCCACCUGAAGAGAGCAGUGAAGAAAGUGAGACUCAUUUUGCUUGGCCUUAAACUACAACGGUGGCGCAUUGCUUCAUUUCUUGGAUGUGCUGCAGCUAAACGGCGGUGUUUGAGCUUCAAUGACAGGUUCAGUUUGAAGUGUUGCAUGGAAGAGGUUGAUACAUCUGAUGAUCAGAAUAGCUCACAGCUGAGAAGAGUUCAUAGCACUAUUAGUCGUUCUUCUUCGACUGAUUAUGAGGAUGUUGAUCAAAGGGCUGAUGCAUUCAUUGCUAAUUUUCGGCGGCAGCUCAGAUUUGAGAGACAGGUUUCUCUGGAGCUAAGCUACUGCAGGAGGGAGAGUUCUUAG